UCUUCUUCUUCUUCUUUCUGCAGAUCUUAUCCAGCUAUGGAGUUCAGCUAUAGUAGAUAGUUAUUUUAAGUUUGACUAUUAUAGUUCAACUUCUUUCUUUUAUUUAUCUUUCAUUUAUAUAUAAACAGAAAAUUCUCUUAAUUUCGCAGUUUAGUUGUUUAAUUUCUUUGGUUCUUAUUGAGAUUAUUAUAAUGACACCAAUGGUGAUUCGUUUAUUUGCUGACAAGGCAACUUUUUUCGGUGAGAAGGAAUUGCCGGGCAAUUAACGAGGAUCCAGGGUUAAUCUUAGUUCCGGAUGAAUUUGUUUUUGCCAAAGUUGGUGAGAUGGUAAUUUAGUAACAAAGAAAACGUAAUUUCGGCGGGUGUUGUCUCUUUUUUUAGCCGAAAUUCUUCUGUUUCCGGUUACUGUUUCUUCCUUAUCUCUCUCCAAAAUUUGUCUUUUUUGUUUUCUGACGUGGCUUUUUAAUGUUGGUCAUAUUUUCUGCAUACCUUAAGUGGUACUCACACGUUGGACUUGGUUUAGGAUUGUAAAAUAUGUGUUCAAUUGACACAGAUUAAGUAUAAAUAAAGUAUUCAAUAGGUACAAACAUUAGUUUAAGUGUCUAAAUGAAAAAUUAGGACAAAUUUAAGGUGCUAUAUGUAUUCAGCCUAGUUGCAAAGAAGAAGAUGAUGAUGUGGAUAUAUGCAUUUGACAUGGAUCUGAUGUGUUAUCCAUGUCAGGGGAAGUGAGACACACACAUAAGGAGGGGUUUAAACUAUUUAUUUUGAUAUAGUACAAGAGUUCCAAUGAAGUUCUGUAAAAUAGAGGGAUCAAGAUGACAAACCAGAACAAGGAUAGGAGGUUACUAGGCUAUUCUGCCAAAAUAGAACAGUGAAUUCAAUUCACUACAGUUCGCAGCGCGCACUCGAUUUCGACACCGAGAAGCAAAAAAGCAAUGGAACCUUCACUUCAUCUUCAAGUUUUCUUCAAUUUCGAGACAGACGCAUAGCAUAUCCAAUUCCUCACGUCACUGAAUCAACAACCCAACUAUUUAUACGGUCUCUCUCUCUGUUCCCAUCCUUACCCCGUGAGCUCAGUAAAGUUUGCAUCUUUAAUACUCCUUCUAUUGUGAAAUGGAGUUAGGGCUGGUCACCCUGCUAAGAGCUGCAUGGAUUGCUGCAACUUUGCCAAUUGUUAUUGCUUUGAUUCCUUCCUCAAAGCUUAGGUCUUUUCAACAGUUCUUGUUGGGGUUUGCUAAGCGUGGCAAGAUUAUGCAGUCUUCCUCAAAUAAACUCUCUGUUCCACAGAAACUCUUCAUUCACUUCUAUGUUUUAGCUUUUGUUUGGACAACACUUCUGUUAGCUGCAACGUGGCUUUAUGCGUAUAGUACAACGCCAAAGAUCUCAGAACCAUUGCUUUUUUCUAGUAUUACUAGCCACUUGACUGGAGGAUCACGUAUCUUCUCUUUACAAGGAUCCCAUACAUCAAAGGAACAUAGAAGCAAGAUUGGUUUAUCAGUCUUUCUGCUUUUAUUAAUGGAAGCUCAAAUACUUCGACGCCUCUUUGAGUCAAUAUACGUGUUUAAAUAUAGUCCUUAUGCCAGGAUGCACAUUUUCGGCUAUCUCACAGGUUUAUUCUUCUAUACAGCAGCUCCCCUCUCUCUUUGCUGCAACUAUGCUAGAGAGGUGUACAAGUUCGGGUUGAGUUUGAUUCAAGAGUUUAUUGUUAAAGGAAAAGAUAGGAUGCUAGCAACUGAGGUUGAUUGGUGGAGAUUUUUGAAUCCUCUCGUGCAACUAAGAUGGUACACAUGGAUUGGUGCAGCGAUUUUCUGUUGGGGUUGGAUUCAUCAAUGCCGGUGUCAUGCAAUUCUUGGGUCAUUGAGGGAGAACAGAGAACACAGUGAUGAUUAUGUAGUCCCUGAUGGUGAUUGGUUUCAAUAUGUUUCAUCUCCUCACUAUUUGGCUGAGAUUGUUAUAUAUGCUGGCUUCGUGGUUGCUAGUGGAUGUUCAGACCUUACGAUAUGCCUACUCUGGGGAUUUGUGGUGGCAAAUCUUGUUUUAGCAGCAGCUGAAACACAUAGAUGGUAUCUGCAUAAGUUUGACAACUAUCCUAGGAAUCGUUUUGCUAUUUUCCCAUUUGUUUAUUAAUAUGCUUUAUGUCCAAGUUCUGCUAUAUUGUUUCUUUGAGCGUAACUGUGACUGUAUAUAGAUGUGAAUUGUUCUUGGGUUAGCUGGUAGAAGCUGCAUUCUGGCCAUUGACAGAUCUAUGGAUCAAAAACUUAGCCAACCUUUUUAGUGAGUCAAUCGGAGCAAAUGUGGUUUUCCCUUUUGGGUUUUUCCUACAGCUUCCCUAUCAUGCAACAUAAAUAAUUGAAGAUUGUGGAUGUUGCAGCAGAAGUUACAUGAAUAAGAUCAGAUUGUCAUCAAGGUUACUCGGA